AUGAACCGUUCUAGGAAGCGCAUGGUAGCAGUGCUGCAGGACAUUCUUCUGAUGCCCAACACGCCCACCUCUCUGAUUGGUCUGCUAGUGGAGAAACUGAUUGGAAUUCUACGAGACGACGCACAGAAAAUUCAGAUGGUUGCUGAAAUAAUAUCUGAUGUGAGAGAGCCCAUUUUGCCCAUCUCUGAACCUGUGGAUGAGAAUGAGAAACGCAGAAAACAAGUCAAACUGGCUGAGGUUCGAGUGCAGAUAAUGGAGGCGAAGCAGACUCUAGAAGAAUGCAUCAGCUGUCAGGACUUCAGUCGCGCAGCUGAGCUGAAAGACUCCAUCUCUCAGCUUGAGGCGCUCAAGAACCAUGAUCCAAAGACCUUGCUGAAAUGUCUGACAAUGUGUGCCGAGUUGUUCAAGCAAAUGAACAUCAAGAGAGGAAUCUGCCCUACCAUGAAUGCUCUGAUUGAGUCACUGAUACUGCCAGGUGUGUCCAACCCUAACCCUGCUGUGCGCAACAUGGCUGUGAUCUGUUUGGGAACUGCUGCCCUCCACAGUAAAGACCUCGCCAACACACACCUUGUGCUGCUCUUGCAGAUCACACAGCUAGAUGAGCCUAAAAUCAGGAUCAGUGCUCUCCGAGCUCUCAUCGACCAGCUCCUGCUCAAUGGCCUCAACAUCCUGCAAGACAAGCCUGCUCCUGUCUCCCAAGACGACAGUAAUGGGCAGCCUGAACAUCAAGCUGAGGAGGAGGGUACCAUUCAGAGCAUCCUGAAGAUGCUCUCAGAAUUCCUUGAUAGUGAGAUCUGUGAGCUCCGCACAGAGACAGCAGAGGGUCUGGCCAAGUUGAUGUACUGUGGGAGAAUCCUGAGUCCAAAGCUGUUGUCCCGUCUGGUGCUGCUGUGGUACAAUCCUGUAACAGAGGAUGACCAAAGACUGCGCCACUGUCUGGGGGUAUUCUUACAGCUGUAUGCCCGGGCCAGCAG